AUGGCUGUAACCGGUAGCGUCGACUUUGACGACACUGCAGCACUGAACAAUGAGACAGUUGAGAUAGGGAAAACGUAUCUCUUCGGUGGUAGGAAUGCAGUGAAAGGAGACCUCUACCUGAACGACCUCCGUGCCCCGUUGAAACCAAACGAGGAAGCUCACGACCUCCAUAACCCAGCUAUGGUCUGGCGGCGUCUGGAGCAACUACUGUUCUUCCGGUUGCAAGCAUGGAUUGGCCGCGAAUUGACGGGAAGGAAGCUAUCUCGAAAAGAUAGAAUUCUUGUGGAACCGGAACCCCAGAUGCGACCAAAUCUAAAUGACAUCCAUGACCGCGGCGGCGGGUACAAACCGAGGCUACUCUUGAACCGCAUCAAAUUUUCGUCUGUCAUCACGUGGACUGUUUCCACCUGGGGCCUUAUCUCCUUGCUCUUUACCUUCCACCGCAAGCUUAGCCACUAA